AUGGUCUUUGCCAGGACGCUCUCGCGCGCCGUGGCGCGCAACCCCACCUCGAGCCUCGUCGCUCACAGGUCGGCCGGCUUCCACUCGACCGCCGCCGCAUCUAGGAUCAUUGCAUCGCAGCCCCUCCGCGCAAAGGAGGCACCCUCGAUCGCAGACGCCGCAAAGGGCUACCCCGUCAUCGACCACGAGUACGACGCCGUCGUUGUCGGUGCCGGUGGAUCCGGUCUGCGUGCCGCCUUCGGUCUCGCCGAGGCCGGCCUCAACACUGCCUGCAUCACCAAGCUCUUCCCCACCCGGUCCCACACCGUCGCUGCCCAGGGCGGUAUCAACGCUGCUCUCGGAAACAUGACCGAGGACGACUGGAGGUGGCACAUGUACGACACCGUCAAGGGAUCCGACUGGCUCGGCGACCAGGAUGCCAUCCACUACAUGUGCCGCGAGGCGCCCCGCACCGUCAUUGAGCUCGAGCACUUCGGCCUGCCCUUCUCGCGAACCAAGGACGGCAAGAUCUACCAGCGUGCCUUUGGCGGACAGUCGCUCAACUACGGCAAGGGCGGCCAGGCCUACCGCUGCGCCGCCGCCGCCGACCGCACUGGCCACGCCAUGCUUCACACCCUCUACGGCCAGUCGCUUCGCCACAACACCAACUUCUUCAUCGAGUACUUUGCCCUCGACCUGAUCAUGGAGGACGGCGAGUGCGUCGGCGUCAUGGCCCUCAACAUGGAGGACGGCACCAUCCACCGUUUCCGCUCGCACAAGACCGUCCUCGCCACGGGCGGAUACGGCAAGGCCUACUUCUCGGCCACCAGCGCCCACACCUGCACCGGCGACGGCAUGGCCAUGGUCUCGCGCGCCGGCCUGCCGCUCCAGGACCUCGAGUUUGUCCAGUUCCACCCCACCGGCAUCUACGGCGCCGGAUGCCUCAUCACCGAGGGCUCCCGCGGCGAGGGCGGAUACCUGCUCAACUCGGAGGGCGAGCGCUUCAUGGAGAGGUAUGCGCCCACCGCCAAGGAUCUCGCCUCGCGCGACGUCGUCUCGCGCUCGAUGACCAUCGAGAUCCGCGAGGGCCGCGGCGUCGGCCCCGAGAAGGACCACGUCUACCUGCAGCUCUCGCACCUGCCCCCGGAGGUCCUCCACGAGCGCCUGCCCGGCAUCUCGGAGACGGCCGCCAUCUUUGCCGGCGUCGACGUCACCAAGGAGCCCAUCCCCGUCCUGCCCACGGUGCACUACAACAUGGGCGGCAUCCCCACCAAGUACACGGGCGAGGUCAUCACCAAGGGCCCCAACGGCGAGGACAAGGUGGUGCCCGGCCUCUACGCCGCCGGUGAGACGGCGUGCGUGUCGGUGCACGGCGCCAACCGCCUCGGCGCCAACUCGCUGCUCGACAUUGUCGUCUUUGGCCGCGCGUGCGCCAACCACAUCAAGGAGAACCUGUCUCCUGGCAAGCCGCAUAAGGAGCUCAAGGGCGACGCGGGUGCCAAGUCGAUCAACGACCUCGACUGGGCGCGCAACGCCAACGGCUCCAAGCCCACGGCUCAGAUCCGCAACGAGAUGCAGCGCGUCAUGCAGAGCGACGCCGCCGUCUUCCGCACCCAGAAGACGCUCGACGAGGGUGUCGAAAAGAUCGACAAGGUGUUUGACAGCUACCCCGACGUCAGCAUCCAGGACCGCUCCAUGAUCUGGAACUCGGACCUGGUCGAGACGCUCGAGCUCAAGAACCUCCUCACCUGCGCCACCCAGACGAUGCACUCGGCCGCCGCGCGAAAGGAGUCGCGAGGCGCACACGCCCGCGAGGACUUCCCCGACCGCGACGACGAGACCUGGAUGAAGCACACGCUGUCGUGGCAGCAGGGCCAGAACGACAAGGUCAAGCUCGACUACCGCAACGUCGUCAACACGACGCUCGACGAGGCCGAGUGCAAGCCCGUGCCUCCGUUCAAGCGACAGUACUAG